CAAAACAUCACCUGAUUACGAUUGAGUUGAUCUCGUUCAAAAUUUAGAAGUUUACAAGUAUAAAAAUAAAAUAAAGCAUUAUCUUUAAAAUAAAUUUGGAUCUCAACUCUCAAUUAGUGAUCACUUCAAUUUAUAAGUAAUUAAGUAGUAGUUUUAUCCAGUAGUGUGCCUUUAUCGUAACUGACUUGUGCUAUGAAUUGUCUUGUGGUUUGUGAUGUUUUUACUAAUUGCAGAUAAAUAUUUCUGAAUCUCAUCUACUAGAAGCUUUAAAACCUACACCCCGAAUAAUUCUAAGCAAUUAUUUCGAGUAAUAUGUAUUUAUGAUCUUAUUCAAUUUAAAACAAUGGAGGAAAACGCAAUAGCUCCGCGACCUGGAGAGGCUGCCUUAAAAAAUAUGCAAUUACUAAAGACAGAAAGUUCUGUGUUUAAAGUUCCAAAAGUACCUAAGAAAAAACAGCCUAAGAAAACACAGGUGUUAGAAGAAGAAGAAUAUGUGGAAGGGAUUGCGAAAAUAAUCCAAAGAGAUUUCUUUCCUGAUCUUGAGAGAUUGAAUGCCCAAAAUGAAUUCUUAGAAGCGACAGAAAAUAAAGAUUAUUCAAGAUUGAGAGAGAUUGCUAGAAAAUACAGCGGUAUCAGGCCAUCAACAGAACCAUAUAAUUCACCCGCAACAUUUGAUACACCUGGAGUUGAUAGGCCUCCUUCACCUUCUGAUAAAGACCAAGUACCGGAUGCAGCACAACCAGCUAGAGAAAAAACUAAAGAUGUGACAGACCAGCAAACAUUAGAUUCAUUUCUCGCGAAGCAUACAAGUGAAGAUAACGCCAGCUAUGAUCGAGUGAUAGCUCUUGAGAACAGAAAGAAAGCUAACAAGCUUGCGUCACAGUUCCAAGCGGAGAUCACGGCGUGUCAGUUGGCGGACUCGGCCCUCGCGUUACCCUCCAUUGAGGAACAAGCAGACCAGACGCAGAGGGCACUUGAGCUGGACACCUGGCGCUACCGUGCCAAGAACUAUAUAAUGUACGUGCCUGAUGGGGCGGAGUCCCAGGUACCCAGCGAAAAGCCCGAGUUGCAGUAUCACAACACACGGCUCAGAGUGCAACCAUUCGAUUAUGAGAAGAACAAGGAGGCUAUCACUGCUAUUGCCAAGUCACAGGAUGCAUGUGUCAAGGGUAAAAUUGGCGUGGACGGUGUGAGUAUAUCUGGGGAGAAGACGAACGCGGAGUACCUACUGGUAGCCACGCCCUCUCCGCGGCCAGGGGACGGUCCUGACCAGUCGCCGCUGAUGACGUGGGGAGAGAUCGAGGGCACACCCUUCCGACUGGAUGGGGGUGAUACUCCUUUACCUGCGGUCGGGGCUGGCGCAGCGUACCGCAUGUUGGAGGGGAGUGCGAGGGAGAGGAUCGCGCUACAACUGGCGGAGAGAGUUGCCAAGAGAAGAAGACCCACCACGCCCUUGCGGAGGUCCACUACACCACAAAGCUUCAGAACAAAUACGGAGCGGCUAGCGAGCAUGUCACCAGCGGCGAGAAAGCUGGCGGCACAACAUCUGCUGUCACCACGACUGAAAUUGACACCCAAUGACAUGGGGAUAUCUCACCCCACGCCGAAGCAGGCAACACCCAGACUUACCCCGCGGCCGCCGCUAGUGGCAACACCGAAGACCGCAGACGCUGGCAACAUUGCAGCAGAAAAGAAUAAUAUCACAGAUAAUCUGCUACAGAUCAGUGUUGCGAAACGGACGCGGCUUAAGGCACAGGAUUUUUUUGUUUCAUAGCAGUGAAAUAAAUAUUUUGUACCUAAA